AUGGGGGACCGACAGCGGCGGACCGGGAGACUCGAGAACCUCACUACCAAGUCCCGGGUUUCCAAGGAGACCAAGCUCCGGUUGCGCGUGGUCUUCCUGGAUGACAGCGAGCGCACGUUCGAAGUGGAGCAAAAGGUUUUAGGUGGCGACUUCUACAACAAAGUGUGCGGUCAUCUGAAACUGCUGGAGAAGGAGUACUUUGGCCUGGAGUUCAGACACCACAGUGGCAAUUAUGUUUGGUUGGAGCUGCUGAAACCUUUGGUCAAACAGAUCAAAUACACCAAUGAUUUAUUCUUCAGGUUUAUAGUCAAAUUUUUUCCACCAGAUCCUGGACAACUCAAGAGAGGCCUCACCAGGUAUCUUUUUGCCUUACAGAUCAAGCAGGACUUGUCUAAUGGCAGUCUGACCUGUAAUGACAACAGUGCCGCCCUGCUGGUCUCUCACAUACUGCAGUCAGAGAUAGGGGACUAUGAUGAGGAGCUGGACUGCCAGCAUUUGGAGAUGAAGCACUAUGUUCCCAACCAGGAAUAUCUGGACCACAAAAUCAUCAAGUUUCACAAGAAACACAGAGGACUCUCUCCAGCAAACUCCGACAUCCAGCUGCUGGAGGUGGCGAGGAAGCUGGACAUGUACGGAAUCAGGCCUUACCCUGCCUAUGAUGGGGAGGGAAUGAGGAUCAAUCUGGCUGUCACACACUCUGGAGUGCUAGUCUUUCAGGGAAACACAAAAAUUAACACAUUCAGCUGGGCAAAGAUCCGCAAGCUAAGCUUCAAACGCAAGCAUUUCCUCAUCAAACUACAUGAUAAAGUUGGGCCCUCGUGUAAGGAUACACUAGAGUUGGCCAUGGCCAGCCGUGAUGUGUGUAAAUCAUUCUGGAAGAUGUGUGUGGAGUACCAUGCUUUCUUCAGGCUGGCUGAGGAACCAAAGGCCAUACACAAAACUCUGCUGUCAUGUAAAGGCUCCAGCUUCAGAUACAGUGGUCGGACCCAGAAGCAGCUGCUGGAGUGUCUGGGAUCAGGGGAGAAGAAGCCUUCACACUUUGAAAAGAUGUACAGUCAGACUGACUGUGACCCCAGACAAUGUCGAUCUUCUCCUGAUCUCCUCACAGAUGUCUCCAAACAGGUGUACGAACAUUCCCACCCAUUCCCACGGUCAAGUCGUGCUCUGGCAAUACACAGCCAGGAUCAGCUGGACCCGCAUCAUCGAGACAAUGAUAUUGAAAUCAACGAAAGAGUGGCUAAACGCAGCCAUUCAUGUGUUGAGGUCAGCCAGAGGCCUCGCCUCCUCUCCCAAGUCACUCCUCUUUCUCCAUCUGUCAACCAGACAACGCCGCCUUCACCCUCACUGAAGACGAGAUCUGCUUCGAUAUCUGUAGUAGAGGACGCAAGGGGGGUACGAAUCGGGACACAGCGCCAAGCCCAGCGGUUAGCUGGUGUCUAUGGAAACCGAUCUAGACGUCGACCCAACCCCCAGCCACAUCCAGAUGCAGGACAGCAGCUGGUCCUUCUCUACCCUAACAGCCCUGCCUACCAGUAUCAUCCUGUCCUCCCAUCGUUCCCAUUAGGUGGCUCCUCGCCACUCAACCGACAUCCCUACUUGUCGGAAUUUGUUACCGUUUCCUCACUGGAACGAAUUCCACAUACAAGACGGCGGGAUUAUGUGACAAUGGAUGGCAUAACACGGCCAUCUUUUUACCCAAUGUGUCACGAUUCGCCAUCUAGUUCACCAAUCAGGAGAAACCUCCGCUCCAGUGGUUCAGGUGGGCUGGGAUUGGCCAGAAUGUACCAACCAGGAAGCAAUGGUGCAAGAAUCAGGGGCGUUGGACAUACAGAGGCGGGUCAUUACAGCGAUGACUCCAACUUCCUUCCUGGACUGCCUCGCCGUGUAGCCAGCCAACCUGAUGUCAAAUUAAACCUCUCGAGGAGCUCAAACACUGCCUUUAACCCUGCUUCUGAGUUUCGCCCUCUUGGUUACUACCCCCACCUGACGCGCCCCUCCAGACCCACCUACCUCCCACUAAACUCUUUCCCUCUGCCUGAACGCCCCAGUUCACUAUGUAUGAUUGGCAGCACUGCGGGAAGCUACAGCGACUCAGACCCGGAGGUUUUCUAUCCAUACUACUGCCCUGCCCCUCAGGUAGGCAAGAUGGUACGGUCCGCUGGACUAGCCAGGAUGAGGUUUUCAUCGGGGAGUCUCCAACUUGAUGAGGAGGAAGAGGGGGAGGAGGAAGAGAAGGAGCAUGCAACAGCAAAAGAAACUGCAAAGAAGGAGCCAGAGGGUGAAGAGGAGAAGAAAGAAAAGAGUGAAGGAGGAGCGGAUACGAAAGGAGCGGCAAAGGUUACUGAAGUGACGCUGUAGAAAAGAUUAAAACAUUAAAGCGAUUGAUGAUCACAGUCAAAACUGGA